AUGGACAAUGCCAGUAAAAUCAACUUAUCGUCAAUCAUGCUUUUGUAUACCAGUUACUUCAUCAUUCACAAUCUUACUGCUGGAAUAUCUACUGUGCGUCUUGGUCCGGCGGGUGAUGGGUUGGGUGGGGUCGGGAGGCAGUCAACUUAUACUGUGCUAACGCCUUUACUCAUGCCUUUGACUGUCCGUCGCAAGUCUGGAGUGAAAUUUGGAGCGGAGCAGAGUAAACUUAGGGACGUGGGAGCGACAGCGACGCUGCCGUCAUCUCUAUGCGAGUUGAUAAUGCACCGAGUGUUCCACUGCGGCUCGCUUCACGACUGA